ACCAAUAAUCUAGGAAAGACUAUACAUGGAAGGAAUGUUCUCCAUCAAAACAAGAGCAAUGGGAGGCAAGCUUGUUUUAUUAGACAGUGAAGAUAAAGAGGAAUUAAAGGAGAUCAUAGAAAAUGCUAAGGCAUGGCUAAACCAAUGGUUUGAUGAUGUUACACCAUGGGAUCCCACUAUGGUAGCAACUAAAAGAACAGUGUGGCUCAAAUGCUUUGGCGUUCCUCUGCAUGUAUGGGGUUUGGAGUUCUUUGCAUCCAUUGCAAGCGUGUGGGAGAAGUUUAUUUCUUUGGAUGAUAAUACGAGAUUGAAAAAGAGAUUUGAUGUUGCUAAAGUCUUAAUCUUUACAACAGAAAAGAAAAUUAUUUCAAAAGGGCUUAAUUAUAAGAUUAACGGUGAGGACAAAUCAAAGAAUUCAGAUUGGGUGAAGGAAAGCACUCUCGAGUCUAGCAGCCAUGGAUUCCAGCAUGAAGGAGAUGGACCAACCGAGCCUAGUGAAGAAAAAGAAGAUGACAUGACUUAUAACCGUUGGCGGGUUGGUGGUCAAGAGGAAGGUUUUUUCAAAUUGAAUGGCAACAGAGUCAACUUUGAUAGCAGAACCAUAGAAAGGAUCUCACAAGUGGAAGAAUUAGAUUUGCAAAUGCAAUCCAAGGGAGCGGAAGCAGAGCAUAUAGAGGAGAAAGCCGAAGUAGAAGUUGUAGAGGGGAAAGCCAAAGCAAAAAUCACAGAGGAAAAAGCAGAAGCUGAACCUAUAGAGGAGAAAGUUGGAGCCGAACCUACAGAGGAGAAAGCUCAAGCCAAACUUGUAGAGGAAAAAACUGAAGUAGAAGAAGAAGGAGAUUCGUUCUGGCAGGGAGUUUCUGGGUUAUGGGGAGCAAUUAAAAUUCCAGUCUACAUUAUGAAUGUGUAUGGCCCAUGUGAAGCAGCUAGAAAAAGAAUGUUAUGGGAGGAGUUGCAGAUGAGGAUUGAUGAGAAUAGAGGAAACUGGUGUCUAUUGGAGGACUUUAAUGCUACAAGGAGUCAGCAUGAAAAGGCAUGAAGCAAUAGCCAAACAAGCACUAUGAGACAAUUUGAGGAAUUUAUCAAGGAAGCAGGACUGGUAGAUAUCCCAUUACUAGGGAGAAAAUUCACAUGGCACCACCCUAAUGGCUGUUCAAUGAGCAGACUCGACAUGUCCUUGCUACUUGAAGAGUGGAUAAUGAUAUGGCCAGAUAUGAAGCAGUGGGGUCUUAAUAGAUUCUUAUCUGAUCA